AUGGCAGAAUCACAGAAGGCACAGUAUACCAUCUAUUCCUCGCCAUUCUCCCUGUAUUCGAUGAUGGCCCGCCACACCCUUCAACUCGGGCCGGCAACUCAUGGUGCGCGGCCACCGCAGAAUAUUACGCUAAGCUUCGUCAAUCAUCGCAAGAACGAGAAUCUGAGAGAGGAAUACCUGCUCAAAGUGAAUCCCAAGGGCCAGGUCCCUGCAAUGACCGGAAAUGUCCUUGAGCGACCACUGACAGACAGCCUCUCUAUCUCGAUCUACAUGGCUGAGAAACACUACCCCGCUAUGCUACCGGUGCAACACGCUGCCGUCAUCAAAGAUCUUCUUCGGAGAUUACAUGCUGUUCGCGGUCCAGCCUUCAGCAACAAGAAUCCCACGACAGACAUGAUGAAACAUAACCCUUCGCCGGCAGUGGAUAUACUUAAGAGGACUGAUCUAAGCCCUGAGUAUCGCACAGCUCUGAACUUCAAAGUGGAAUACCACAACAAAAACUACGGUAUUGCCUUCCAACCAGCUAUCAUCACCAAGGUUCAUACAGAUCUGCGUGAUAUUUUUCAUGAGAUAAUAGAGCACCGCAGGAAAAACGGCGCUUCUGACACCGAGGGAGACUGGACAUUUGGCGCCCUAGUGGGCCCUACCGUACUCGAUAGUCAUCUUCUUCCCCUUGUGUUGCGUUGCAUCGAGGCUGGUAACGCCGAUAUUGUCCCUCAGGAACUCCAGGUCUGGGCAGAUGUGAACGUAAAAAGUCCAGCGUGGCAAAAGGUUAUGCAUGGUCGGCCAACAGUGUGGGAUCCUUCAAUGGGGCCCGUUGAAGAGAUGCAAGAUAUGAUGUUCCUCUGA